AAAAUCGAGGAGCGUUUUCUUUGCUUGUUUUGAUGUAAUCUUUUUCAGUUUAGGUAGGUGGUGGCCCCUCUGGCCUGUGAGGCUCUGCUGGUUGUUGCAUGUUUGUUAAACACAGUGAGCCCUUAGAGGAGGGGAGCUGGAGGUAGCUAGAAGAAGUACAGAUUUGCUUGUUGCACUAUUUUCUAAGAACACCUGGAAAACUUACAGUUUCUGGGCAAAGAGCACCUCCCUGGAAUGACUUUCUUCUAUUCCCCGGCCCAACCUUUCCAAAGGAUUUCUGUGCAGUUAACUCAUCUGACUGCUUAACACUUACUGUUUCUAUCUCACUAAGGUAUUUUUACUGUUUACUGCUUCACCAGUCAACAGCAUUCACCAUUGCACUUGUAAUAACACCACCCUGCAUACAAAUGCUACUUGCUGUGCAGUACUCCGACAGUGUGAGCUAUCUGGGAUUAAUUUUGUGCUGGUCUGCUCCAAACUAGGGGCAAAAAUACAGAGAGAUGAGGGGUUAAUAGAAGCCAAAGAGUUGUUGGUACAGGGAGUAGAAAUGUGCAGGAUCCCUUAACAUCCUGGGCAUCCUGCCACAAGGUGUCAAUAUUUCUGUUAAUAACAAUAUAUUAAAUAAAAAGGGAACACCAGUGCUCUGUGUGCGUGUGAUGGGGGGAGCUCAACCUCCGCAUUAAAAAAUUACUAUGAUGAGGGGCAUCUGAGAGCUGAUACCUUCCUUAAAUCGCUUCUGUGAGUUCACUCAAGUGGAUCUGUCUGCAAAUUUCUAUUUUAUGUGGCAUGUCCUCAUAGCAAGCACCAAAGGAGAAAGUGGACAGUACAAAUGUAGUCCCUUGAGUUUUUUUCCAGACGUAUCCUAUCAUGCUAGGUACUAAGGGUGCUGACAGAGACAAAUUAAAAUGCUAAAAAUUACCCUUCAGUAACAUAAGUUUGCCUUUCAGUAGCUCUUUGCACCUGCAGUUUUAUUAAAAUGUCACUAGCGUACGCCUUGAAACCUCAGUUAGGCAACCUACAGUAGAGUCACUUGUCUCAGCGAGCACAAUGAGACGUGCAGACCUGGAGAAUCAGCAGAGGAAGAGAGCUGCUUCUGCCUGGUACCUCCAGUCCUCCUCCUCAUCUUAAAGCUGGGAAUGAUGAGGUUGUUCCUGUAUCUGCUCUUCCUAAUGAGUGAGUCUUCUCUCUGCAUUUAUUCUCCAUGCAUUAGAAAAUAAAAGUCUUAAAAAGUCUGUAUUAGGAAAUGAAAAAUCUUAGCCUGGAAACAAACUAAUUUCUGGAGACUUGGGUAGCGAGCCAAUAAAAUGAUUCUUAUGUAGGAAGUUCAGGAUGUCUGGGACUUGUAUGGAAUAAAAGUCCUUACUUUGUAAUGUGGGUUUCUACUUUUUCACAGAAAUCCAUGUGUUUGGAUGGAGAGAGACAGUGCUCAUCCUUAGUGGGAGAAAAGUGGCUGUUGGGUGAAAAUCAAAUGCAAAACAAGAAGCAACCUUUGGCCUUCAGUAAUUUUUUAUUUCUUUGGCUGUUACCGUGAAGUAGGUGGGUGCACUGUGGAUUAAGCAGUGUGUGCUAUCAGAGAGACUUCCCAUAAGUUUUUGGCUUACAGAUCUCCUUAGUAAGUGCCCUAGAUAGGAUUAUGGAAAAGAAAAUUCAGAGCCUUUGUGUGAGAAUAAGAAUGCAUAAAGUAAGGUAUAGGCAUGAGAUGAAUUAGGAAUAUUUCCUGAGUCAGAGUCAGUAUCCACAUCGUUCUGCCCUGUAGCCCUGUGGGGACCAUUCUACCAUGAAUUCAUCUCUAGCUGCUUGUCCCAGAAAGGUGACACCCUUCUGGUCCUACUCCAUUAGCUGCAGGAACUGACAGCUGCACUUGGCAUGUUACCGGCCUCGCUUCCAGCUACUGCACCAAGAAAUGCUAGUUGGAUCCUGUGUGACAGAAUUUCUGUUUGCCUGGUUCCUUUUUCAAAAGACCCAGUACUGUAUAGAUCUACUCCAUCUGUACAGAAAGAAUAUUGUUUAAGGAUUCGUUUCAUGCCCUGAUCAGCACCACAGGCUUUCUGGCAAGCUUUGUAUUUCCAAUGUGUUUGGGGAAAAGAAUGCUUUAUUUUUUGUUUAAUGAGAUGUCAGUUCUCUGUAACUUGCUUUACUGUGAUUAUAGAUUUCAUAUCAGGGUUUAUUCUCUGCUAUUUUCCUUAUUUCCAUUUGACUUCUACAUGUUAGAUGAUGAUGUUUUAUUUCUACUAGUACUUCUGUUCUCGAGCUUAUCGUAAGGUGCUUAGGUAGCUCCCAGCUUUGUUAAACACGUCAAUUAUUAACGGAGGUGCCCACAGAACUUACUAAGAUGUUUUUCAGAUCUUCAUCUACCUUGAUCUGGGUUAUGCAAAAGUAAGGGGGAGGCUUCUGUCCUUGUGUGCUUCGAUGGCUCUUUUCUAUCACUCUCCUUUAGCAAACUUCUUAGCAUUUGUGGGUUUUGCUGUUGAAAGUGGCAGUGCAGCAAAGUGCAGUUGUCUGUCUUGGUGGGUCUCGCUUGGGUUCUUGGAACUUAUCUAAAAGAUCUGUGCCGAGGUUGUAAGCAGUAAGCUACAAAUAAUUUGCUGGUAUCGUUGGUUCAUCUAUUACACGCAAUUUUUUCCCCUCAGGUUAAGUACAGCACACUUAAUUCAAAUAAGUGAAUGGCUAAAAGCUGAGUCAUUUGUGUUGGAACCCCCUGCGAACAGGGAGUCAGGAGCAAAAAGUUUAAAUCUCGUGGCUUUGCAGCAUGACAGCAGCACAACUAGGUGCAGCGUUGAAGAGUCCUGUUCCCAAGCCAAAUACCAUGUGAGCACAAGAAUAUUCACGAGUGAGCUCAUCUGUGGCAAUCAUUUCUUCUUUUUGUUGUCUGCUUGAGAGUUGCCCCUUACUUCAAAGCCAGCUGAACUUCCCAGGGAACUCGCUCCAGCAUAUCUGGAGCUCCGGAUCCGUUUUGCUUUAGAGGAGUUUUACUGGAGGCCUUUGUAAAUGUGUGGAAUUUUAAGACUAUUACAGUGAAAGCACAUACAGAUUCCUAGAACCAUCUCUGGGUUAUUUUAGGUCUUUUAGUUGGUAAAAUGAGAUUAGCAAAGUGAGGAGGUAGUUCAGGAUGGUUUGCCUACACUCUGAAAGGGGUGCAUGCCACGUCCCUGAAGGAUGGGACAUUGCAGGAAGCAGAAGCAGACUGAAAAUUCACCGCAGUCAGGGCACGUCGCAUGUCUUUGCCCUGACUGUGGUAUCUCACUUCUUCCACCUGUGCGUUUGUAGGCAGGCUGGGAAAUGAUACGGAAUUAACUGAAUAACCUCGUAUUCAGCUCGGAGUGAAGUUAGAGAGAUGCUAGGUGGAUACAAUUCACAUUUGGUUCUUUACUAGUUGCAGUCAGGCAUGGAGUUUGUGGCCACAGAUCUUUGAGGUUAGUACGAGGUUUUCAAAGCCGUCACGUCGCUGACAGGGAUUUGGUCAUACAGCACAGCUCAGCGCUGGAACUCACAGCAUUUAUCAUAGCACCUUGUUCCCAGCCUGUGCAAGAAAUCAAGAGCUGAGAUGUGAACAGCAACAAAGGUUGGCUUGCCACAGACUCUGACAGCGAAAACACCAAUAUCAGCCCCGUUUUUGUGGGCUGCCUUACUCAAAGAAAGGGUGUUCAUGAAAAAAAAAUAAUAGUAAAAUUACCUUUAGGAUGCCAGUUGCAGCUCUGUGGAUGAGAAGUUUCUCUUUUUUUGAUGGCCAUUUUGUAUCAGUUUUGAGAAUUUAUUGGACUUUUUGCAGAGCUGCAUCCCCAGCAGAAUAUCCAUCACAUUUGGGGCACAAAUUUAUUCUCUUGCUGCAAAGCUUUGAGCUUUUUUAUUUUUUUUAUUUUAUUUUUAACAUCUUUUAACAUACCACCAAUUCUAUGUUCACCUCUCUUCAGGAAUGUUUUGUUCUGUUAUAAAGGUCGACUGUGGGUGCCAAAACAGGACUUGCAUUACUUUAUCUUCCAUUAGGUUGGGCAAGAAAAUUAUUUGUUGAUCUAAAUGAAUGACACCUCCAUAGCUAGGUAACUCUCCUUCCCACAGCUCUCUCUGUGCUGUCAUGGUGGGUAGGGUUCAGGGAGAGCUGGCUCAAGAGCCUGUGCUGUUAACGAGGACUCUACAGGUCACCAUCUGUGCUCAUUUACUUUUGUUUUCAGUGAUCAAGUCCUUGAGGAGCUUUAAUGUUGACACUGGCAAGAAGUGGAUCACACCACACACAGACGCUCUGUUGUGGCCCAAGGUUCUGCAGCACUCAGAUGGGAACCAAACCAUGAUUUUGGUUACUUCCUCAAUAGACAAGGGGUUGGGCAGGCUGAGAAAGUGCACGGUUUUGCAGGACAAGAUCCAGUGCCAGGAGAUACCUUUGCAAGGAAGAAUUAAAGGCUCCAAAAACGUCCAGGAUGGUGGCAUAGCUAUUGACAGGAAUUCUGACUGGAUCCUGGCUUGCCUGCAGAAGAAGCACCGCCGGGCCUUCACCACGACAGAGGACAUGAACGGAGUCUGUACUCUGCUCACCGCCGACUUGCGCAGCGCAGCUUUCCUCAACCUCACCAAGAUGGUUGAGACCAAAUUAAAUGGCAUUCAAAACAGAAACAGCAAAGACAAGUUUACUGCCACCAGCAGCUCUAUGGGCACAAACAACGUCAGCAUUACUUGUGGUGAGCACUUUGGCGGUGCAUGGAGCAACCACAUGUGCAAAGAACUGGGAACAGAGAUCGCUGUCAUUCUGGGUGGAUCAGAGAACACCAAGUCAGAUGAUUUCCAAAGCACUAAGAACUCAGUCAUCAAUAUGAUGAAGUCAACGUGGCAGAAAUGCUCAAAGGUCAGGUUUGCUGUGGUGCAGUAUGGAGCACAGACCCAAACUGAACUGAGCCUGCAAGAAAGCUGCAACAGAUUAACUGCUCUCUUCAAGGUCCGAAAUAUGAAGCAGCAGAGUUCACAGACUGAUAUUGCAGCCUCACUGCAGCAUGUCUUGGAUAAAGUCUUUAAUGAAAGCCCUGACUCCAGACGGACUGACAAGAUAAUCAUUGUCAUGGUAUCUGGACAAGUGUUUUUAGAAAACCAUCAGUUGAGAAAUGUGAUGAACGCCCUCAAAAUGGCUAAGGUCAAACUCUAUGCUCCUAAGAUUGGAGAGUUCGUCAGCAACCAGUGGGUCACAGAAGAGCUGCAGAAGUUUAGCAGUGACUGGCUCAUGUCAUCCACAUAUGAAGAUUUUGAUGGUUUCCUUUCAGAGUUGCAGAGAGACACUCUGGUUGAGUCAGCUGCAAAUAUUCCAACGGAGACACCAGGACACAGAAACAUCAAUGACAAGGGUGGCAGCACGCUCCCUUCCUGGAUGGAGAGCGACAAAGAGGAGGAGGAGGAAAAAGGCUUGCGCUCUGGGACAGAGAUUGCUUUUAUUUUGGAUGGAUCAGGGAGCAUUGAGCCAGAGGACUUUGAAAGAGCAAAAGCAUUCAUCCACAAGAUGAUGAAAACACUGUAUGAGAAGUGCUUUGAGUGUGAUUUUGCAGUGGUGCAGUAUGGCUUUGAAAUCAAAACGGAGUUUGACCUGCGAGAAAACUGGAAUCCACAUGCCACCCUCCAGAAAGUACUUGAUAUUGUGCAGGUGUGCAAUGUGACAAAAACAGCAUCUGCCAUGCAACAUGCCCUGGAUUCUAUCUUCAUUGAAAGUCACGGAUCCCGGAAGGAUGCAGCCAAGAUCAUGAUUGUGCUUACAGAUGGGGAAAUACUCCUGGAUGAAAUGAACUUGACAACAGUGAUAAAUUCGCCCAAAAUGGCAGGAAUUGAGCGCUAUGCUAUUGGGGUGGGCGAUGCCUUCAAAAAACCAAAGGCCCUGAAUGAAUUGCGGCUGAUUGCAUCUGGUCCAGAUGACACUAAUGUAUUUCAGGUGACCAAUUAUUCAGCAUUAGAUGGGCUGCUUUCAACCCUGCAGCAGAGUAUUAUUGGGAUAGAAGGUACUCAAGGUGAUGCUCUGGAAUAUGAACUUGCACAAUCUGGUUUCAGUGUGCAGAUUUUGGAUAAGCGUGUCUUAAUGUUUGGUGCUGUGGGUGCCUUUGACUGGUCUGGUGGAAUUCUGCUGUAUGAUCUGGCAACCAAGACAGCUGUUUUCUUGAAUGAAUCGAAAGAAGCCAAAAAAGCAAAGUACAGUUACCUGGGAUACAGCGUGGCAGAGGUGCGCACAGGAUAUGGACCCUUGUAUGUGGCUGGAGCUCCACGGCACAGCAUGACAGGGAAGGUAUUGGUGUUUCAGGAUGGCCACUUGAAACAAACCCUGCAAGGAGAGCAGGUCGGAUCUUAUUUUGGCUCUGAGCUCUGCCCACUUGAUGUGAACCGUGAUGGGGAGACAGAUCUUCUCCUUGUUGGAGCUCCAUUUUAUCACAUCCAAGGGGAAGAAGGAAGGGUUUACGUCUAUCGCCUGGAGACAGAGACUGGUUCAUUCACCUUGGAAGGACAUCUAAAUGUGCAGGUGACCACUCAGUUUGCAAGGUUUGGGUUUACUGUGGCCAGCGUUGGAGACAUUAAUGGGGAUGGAUAUGAGGAUAUUGCAGUUGGAGCCCCCCUUGAAGAUCAUCUUCCAAACAGUUCCUCUUUUGGCAGCAUUUACAUCUUUAAUGGUGAAAAGGACAAGAUCAAGAGCUCUUUUUCUCAAAGAGUAAAAGCCUCUGAAGUAUCAGCAGGACUCCAGUAUUUUGGACAAUCCAUUGAUGGUGGCUUUGAUUUCACUAAUGAUGGUCUCCGAGAUAUUGCAGUAGGAUCACUGGAGAAUGUGGUUGUGCUCCGCUCGAGACCAGUGGUUCACUUUCUCACCAGCAUGAGAUUCAACCCUGAGAGAAUAGUAACUUCCCAGAACAGCAGCAUUGUUACAGCAAAACUGUGCUUCAAUAUAAUCUCAGCUUUACGAAUGUCUCAACAAGUGUUUUCACAGUUACACAUUCUCUACACGGUGGACUUAGAUGUGAACAUGGCAAAGAAGAGAUUACAGUUUAAGGAUCAGAACACCACAACAAGUGGAAAGCUCUUAGUCAGAGAGCACACAUGCUCUGAGCUGCAGCUCUUCACGCUGCCAUGUGACUUCGACUGUUUUUCCAAUGUUUAUCUGAGAGUUAAAUAUGAGCUCUGUGAGAAAAAUGGUAGUACGGAGUUUGCUGUUCCUGUGCUUGAUAAAUAUCAGCCAUCAGAAAUGCAUUUUCAGUUGCCUUACAAGAAGGACUGCAACAAGACCAUCUGUACUGCUCAUUUAACUUUGACAAGUCAGAUUCAAAAAGAAUUAGUGGUGGGCUACACUAAAGAAGUGUCCAUGAAUUUUUUACUAAAUAACAGCGGAGAUGACUCAUACAUGACAACUAUGGUCUUGAACUAUCCUAAAAAUCUCCAUUUUAAGAAGGUGACAGCUGAGCCAUCCUCUCCUGCUAUUCACUGUGGCGAGCCAAUACCAUUCACUUCUGUGGAGUUAUCCUUGAACUGCAGAAUUGGGCAUCCAGUGUUCAAGAAGACAACUGCAAAUUUCUCCAUCAUUUGGCAAUUAGAUGAAAGUGUAUUCCCAAAUAAGCCUGCAAUCGCUGUUAAUAUCACCAACAUAAAUGAAAAUAGCACCAUUCUGACUGAAAAACAUGUCCUUGAUGUCAGAUAUGCGUUCACUGCAGUUCUUACCAAGCCAGUUUCUUUAAUGUACAUGAACGUUCGCCAAGGACUACUUGAAAACAAAGAAUUUAAAUUUUAUAUAAAUGGAGAAAAUCGCUUUAAUGCUACCAUCGAGUUACAGAUUUGGGUUCCUGUCAGUGUACAAGGUCAGAACAUAGCAACUGUCAAAAACGCAUCAGGAACACAGGAUACAACAGAGUGCAGAGUCAGUGAUGAACUGGUGCCUCAUCUAAGGGACUAUUCCAACAGCACAGAACUAGAGGUGAGCCAGGUCACUCAGGACGUGCAGUAUCAGUGUGUGUAUUGUUCCAUCCAAGCAGAUAAUGAAAACAUCACCGUGGCAGCUGAAUUGUCCUUAAUUAACGCAGACCAGUUCUUGAAAAGAAGAAUUGACCUCCUGAUCCCUGGAAAAAUCACCUUCAACAGGCAACUAUAUCAGGGGCUGAAAGAAGAGGAACAUAACGCUGAGAUAACUCUUAUCUUCCUGAAAGAGGAAGUGUUUGAUCCUGUACCUACUGUCAUAGGAAGCUCUAUUGGUGGACUUCUCUUGCUGUUUUUCAUUAUUCUGCUCCUCUGGAAGUUUGGCUUUUUCAAAAGAAAAUAUAAGAUCAUGAUGGAGCAAGAAGAUAGGAGCAAGAAGAUACUUCCUGAAGACUAAGCUGGCGAAAGCAGAACCCUCUGCAUUCUGGCACCGUCUUUUUGGAAAUACCAGAGUCAAAGUCUGGCUAAGAUGCAAAAUGACUCUUGUUCCCUGAGCUGGGAUAGAUCUAAAGGACUCCAGACUUUGGGACUCCUCCAAGUUCCUGUUCUGACCAUAGGGACCCUGCUCUUUUGGGCAAUCUAGUUGCAUGCUUGUUUAAUUUGAGCUCACCGCUCAUCAUAGAAAGGCUGUCUGGUGUUGACAAACUAGACUCCCCAUGACAUAUUUUGCUUCAAUGUAGAAAUGCUAGGAAAAAUCAGCUUGGAGCCUGUUAUAUUGGAUUAUAGUCUUAAUUGUGAUGCUGAGUGGUUCUUAAAAUGAUUUUAAUACUGAGUAGCUUCAGAAUAGAUUAAAAUAGAAAUAGAUUAGUGGAAGCUUCCUAUUCUGCUGUUGCUAAUGAAAAUGUAGAGACAGGCAUUUUGCAUAGAAGUGUAUAUACUUAUAUAUGAGAAUAUAUAUAUAAAUUUGUCUAUUUUAAUACAGUAGAAUGUGUUCCUUGAUAUCUCUGGUUCGUGGAAUGCUAAGUAUGUAUGUGGUGAUUUGGGUUUUGUACUUUACAGGGUCAUUUCUGGUUUUGAAUUUUCAGUUGCUUUCAGAUCCUGAUACGGUCACAAAUAAAAAUCUGCAUUAUGGGCCUCAUUGCCAAUUUA